GGAUUAUUCAGCUGUAUAAAGAGAGACUACAUCCAGAAAAUGGACCUUAUCACUCAACACAGAAUAAAGAAGGAGGUGCAAGAAUUUAUUGCCUCCAUUGAUCAAUCUGCUAUCUGUGAGCUAGCAACAUCAUUCCAUCUGGCGAAGAAGUGCUGUCAAAUAUUUGAUGAAGUGAAGAAAGGUGGGUUCAAUGUCUGCUUUCCAGUCAAAUUUAUGGAUUCACCAGGUGAGAGAUGGAUGGUCCGAAUCCCAAUUCUGCCACGCUUGGCUUUUCCAGAGGAAAAGCUACGCGGUGAAAUUGCUACAAUGAAAUUCAUUGUGGAAAAAACUACAAUACCUAUCCCCUGCUUACAUGGAUAUUUAAUUAAACAAGACAAUCCACUUGGCCUCCCAUUUAUGCUGCUGGAUUAUGUGGAAGGAAGGUCGCUCUUCACUGUGGAUAUUUGCAAGCUUCCAGAUCGCGAAUGGUGUGAAUUUUUCAGCAAACUUGGUGAUAUCUAUAUCCAGCUGUUCCAGCACCAGUUUGACUGGAUUGGUGCUCCUAGGACCUCCCUGGCAUACCUACUCAGAUCAAGCCACGCGCUCGAAAGGCAGUCAUAUGUUGGAUUGCACUUCAGUUCACCCAGCACAAUAAUCUGAGACCAGUGGCAUUUGGAUGUUAUAGUGGCAUUUAGAUCAUCAACAAAGCUGAUAUCAAGUUUUCACUUCGGGCCAGACCCCUCCAGAGGUCAGGAGGGUCACACAAGAGGCCUCCAACUGAUCUUUUGAGUUGAAUUGUGUGCUUCUGUAAACUCCAUAAGGUUUCUGAUAACAUCUGCCAGCCAUUUCAGCACUUCCUUUUCAACCACUGUCUCUGGCCAGUUUUUCCAUCCCUUGUCUUCAGUAUAUAGUGGGCUAUCUCCCUCUCUACAUUUAUCCAGGACAGCACGCGCGGUCAAAUCAAGGCUGGUGAUAUUGCCAAAAUAUGCUUCAAAAAAGUUUGGGAUGUCUGCAUGGAGAUCUCUGAGCUCCUCCUUUAACACAGUAUCAACAUGUUUCCAGUAUUCUGUUGAGUUUGUGAAACUGCUUGUAUUAUGCACCAAGGGUGUUUGUUGGACGGAGAGGAUGGAGUGGGGUGGGGGGGUUGCAUGUGUAUCACUGAUAAGACUGAGAAUGGUGUUCCAGAUGUCAAUGUCAGUCUUUUUCUGGAUG